AUGGAUUUAAGCAAACGAAAAACGCUAGAAUUGUUAUUAUUAUGUAAAGAGCUGGGAAUUGACGUCGGGAAAAGUCAGAGAAAGCCGCAGCUUGUUGAGGAGAUUGAGAAGUGCGAAGCUUUCGUCAAAAUUUCAGAAGCGUGGGAAGAGAUAGAGAAACGAGCUGAGAAAGCUGAACAAAGAGCUGCAGAGAAAGCGCGAAGACCUGAUCAAAGGGAAGCUGCAAAAAGAGAGGAACGAGAGCAGCAGAGAGCUGCAGAAGAAAGACAGAGACCUCACGAGCUAAAACUAAAAGAACUUGACGUGCAUCGGGAUCUGGCUAUGCAAUCGGCAAAUAACAUCUCAAUAAAUGAAAGACGUUCAGGUAAAGCAGGAGUAAAAAUAAGGGAUCUCAUGGCGUUGUACAAAAUAAACGAUGACAUGGGACUGUUUCUCGUUACUUUUGAAAGAAUCUGCGAGAAAAACGGGUUUGCAAGGCUAACGAGAGACGAUGCAGCUGAUUAUCAGAAAGUCAAAGCUGCGUUGCUAAGGAAAUAUCGGCUCUCAGCGGAAGCUUUCUGUCGUCGUUUUCGUGAGGCAGCUAGAACACCAGGCGAAUCUUUUCAAGAUUUCACUUACAAGCUGAAAGCCAAUUUAAUUGAAUGGCUAAAAGGGGAAGACGCGUUUGGUUGUCACGACAAGGUUAUUGAGUUAAUCUGCAUGGAGCAGUUCUAUGGGUCCUUGAGCGAAGAGACACGACUCUGGAUUCAACAUAGGCCAGGCGAAAAGGACUUGGAAUGUGCUGCAGUGCUAGCGGGUGAAUUCGCGGCACGACGCGAAACCGAGAAAACGCAUGUCAGGCCAUUCACUGAAUUACGCAAUGAGGAAAGCAGGCGCCCUAUUCACCACGAAAAGGCUGGAGGAGAGAUGAAAGCCGUGCAGCCGGAUAAUUCAGGAGAGAAUAACACCGCAGUAAAAGACUGA